UUUCGAUCAUAUAUCCUAUGUACUGUACUUCGGCACUUCCGCGAUAGACACGCAGCCGGAGGACCGAGGCAGCAAGCAGGCAGCAAGCAGGCAGCAAAGACCGGGGCGACUUCCCCGCGGGUGACUCAGCCGUGAGUCAUGUGGGGCCGCGAUAUUUCCACUCCUCCUUCCGCUUGUUGCCUGUUCCCUUCGGCAACAUCUCCCCCAGCACAUCUGCCGAACUAUAUCCAACCGGACCGCGCGUUCUCGCAGCAUGACGACCCAUUCUCCCUCCCAUAUAUUAGACGGGAGCUCGUCGCUCCUUGCCACGUCUCGUUCCCUCCCGACUUCCUCAAUCUCCCCCCGUAUAGAUUGCUCUCUUGAUGUCCCCGAUCGCCAUGCCCGCGACGAACGAGCUCGCAGACCCCAGGGAAUACCAGAAGAUAUUUCACUGGGCGGAGACACAGAAGGAUGGCUCGAUCCCCUCCUUCAACACCAGACGGAACGACCCCUAUGAGUACCAAGCCGGAUUCGGCAACUCCUUCGCGUCCGAGGCGGUGCCUGGCACCAUCCCCCAGGGCCAGAACAGUCCUCGCAACGUGCGGUUCGGUCUGUAUGCCGAGCAGAUGACGGCAACGGCCUUUAUUGCCCCCAGGCAUUGCAACAAGAAGGCAUGGCUGUAUCGCGCUCGUCCGGCUGUUGCCCACCAGGGAUUCACCGAUCUCCCUGAUAACAAAGACACCGAGUCCAACUUCCUGGCUAUGAACCCGAGAGUUCAUGUCUCUCCCACCCAGCUUGCUUGGCACCCCUUUGAUAUCCCCAGCAGUGGGGAGGUAGACUUCGUCUCUGGCCUCAAAACGGUGGCUGGCUCUGGCGAGCCCACGCUCCGUGAGGGUCUGGCCACACACGUCUACGUUGCCAACGCCAACAUGACUCAGAGGGCCUUUGUGAAUUCCGACGGGGAGAUGCUCAUCAUUCCCCAGCAGGGUGCUCUCGACAUUCAGACGGAAUUUGGUCCGUUGUUUGUCCAGCCCGGAGAGAUUGUCGUUAUUCAGCGCGGUAUCCGCUUCCGCGUCGAUGUGCCCGAUGGUCCGUCUCGUGGUUAUAUUCUCGAAAUCUGGGGCAGCCAGUUCGAACUCCCGGAACUGGGACCCCUUGGUGCCAACGGGCUGGCCAAUGCCCGGGAUUUCCUGUUUCCCACGGCCAAAUACGAGAUCACUAAAGAGCCGUGGGAGGUGGUUUACAAGCUGGGGGGCAAGUUCUUCAAGAGUACCCAGAACCACAGCCCGUUCGAUGUCGUCGCUUGGCACGGCAACUAUGCGCCGUACAAAUACGACAUGACCAAAUUUGUCAACGUCGGCUCCAUCUCGGUCGACCACAUCGACCCCUCCAUCUUCUGUGUGCUCACGGCCAAGUCGCGUGACAUCACCGCGCCUUUGGCCGACCUGCUCAUCUUCUCUCCUCGAUGGGACGUCGCAUCACACACUUACCGCCCCCCAUACUACCACCGCAACGCCGCCUCAGAACUAAUGGGCCUGAUAUACGGCGAUUAUGGCGGUCGAUCGGAUGCAUUCCAGCCCGGAAGUGUCUCUUUCGAGUGCGGAAUGGUCCCCCACGGCGUCGCCUACGAGGAAUUCAAAGCCGCCACCGAGACCGACCCCCCAGCGAUGCGCAUCUCCGAGGCCUCCAUGGCAUUCAUGUUCGAGUCGAGCCGCCCGUUUACCAUCACAGAUUGGGCCUGGACAAGCGAUAAGAGACACGAGCACGAGCCGAAGAUGUGGGAUAGCCUCGUUGACAACUUCUCCAGCCAUGCGCAGGAGGUGGAGGAGUUAUUGGCGAAGAAGGCCCAGGGAUUGAAGAUUUGAUUCGUAUUGGAUGGCACUGUCUGUUGCCGCGCCGUGUUGUUUUUGAUGUUGUAUUUACCGUGUCGAUUAGCCUUCCAUGCAUGUUUAAUACCUAUGUACUAGUACCUACUUAUAUCUGGAAUCGUCUC